GCUCUCCGGAAUCACGUGAAAGGAUUUCAAGACGGUAAAAUUAAAUAAUAAUAUUGCAGGCAGGCUACUUACUACUCUGGUUCUUCAUUGCGUUCGUCGCGACCUUUUCUCGCCCUGCUGCUGUGGAGCGGAGUGAAACGCUCGUCCUUAAAAGCACGUCGUUGGCUCGUCACUGAGGAGGAGGAGUCCGCGAAUAAGCGACAGCAGCGGCCAGCGACAAUGUCAACAUCGAAGACAAUAACAUCAGCGGCCAAGGAAGUUGAGGAACACUUGGCUUGUGCUAUUUGUCUCGAUCGUUUCAACGACCCACGCAUGUUGCCUUGUCAGCAUACAUUCUGUUUUCACUGCUUAGAAAAGCUUGCAACACGCUCCAACACCACGUCCAUCACCGUAGUGCUGAACUGUCCGCAUUGCAGGGAGACACAUAGUCUGCCGGAUCUGAGCUCAUUGCCCAAACACCGCCUGGUCGUUCAACUUAUCGACACCUUGGACAAUGCUGAGAUGUGCGUACCGGAGGCAGUCGACGUUGGGGAGCCUGCAGUGCAAGUGUGCAAAGAGUGCGAUGAUGCAGGGAACAAGGUGGCUGCUGGAUUCUGCUCUGAGUGCCGCAUCUAUCUUUGUGACGACUGUGUCCACUAUCAUGAAACGUCCAAGCGCUUUCGCCAACACAGUGUUACCGCUGUCCAAGCUGUCAGUACUGAAGGGGAACGUGACCAAAGCGACAAGUUGUCUGUUCCUGCUUUACUGGAAGCCAUGUGUGACAAGCACUUUGGCGAGCGGCUCGAGCUAUUCUGUGAGAGCCACUCCGUGCAAAUGUGUUUCAAAUGCGCAGUCCUUGUCCACAAAUCUUGCACUUACUCGAGCCUAGAAGAUGCCGCUGGGAAACGCGCACAAGAAAUUAAAGAAGCUGUCGAAAGCCUGUCCACAGCUGUGAUCGAGCCGCUACAGGAAGCACUACUGCUUCUCCAGAGCACCGGCAAGAGCAUGGAGAGCGAUUGUGAUGACGUCUGCUCUCUGAUACAGCAAGACUUCACGAGCCUUCGAAAGACUUUGAAGGACUACGAGGCACUGCUGCUGCAACAGGUGAAGGGCAAGGACCAACAGGAUAGGCUGGAUCUCCAGAAACGAACUGGAGAAGCUGCUGCAGACCUAAAUCGGGCCCAGCAAGCUAGGCUUAUUGCGACAAGCUUGAUAGAGAACCCGGAUAGGGCAUCUCUUGUCAAAAUGGCCGAGAGCAUCUUGCGUCUCACUCAGACAGCUGUGGAAGAGCCUCCUGCCAGCAUACAACACUGGAACUGGCUGCCAUCGAAGCUCAGCUACCAGGGCAGCACAAUGCUGGGCGCAGUGCCAGCAUUGGCUAGUAGGCCAGAACAAGUGUUUGGUGACCAUGAUGGCGCGACAGCUGCUGGAGAUGCACUGGAGGAGACUGCAACAGGCCUGAAAGAAGAGGGGAAUGGCAAGACCGUGAAUUACGUCGCACUCUGCGAGCGGGACACAGCGACCGAACAGAACACUGGUGAUGACGAUAGUCGCACAGCACUAGCAGACCUGCAGAGACAAACAACAAGUGAAGAAAGUCCAGAUGGUGGUGAAGGUGGUCUCCGAAGCUGCGACUCUCCUUCACAUGGAGGAUGCAUCAGCCCUGCAAGGUGCACAGGAGAUAACCACAGUGCUGCUGGAGACGCGAACCGUGUGCAGCCAUUUGUACCACCCAUUGCACGGGGCCCUUCCGAAUGUGUUACAAUACGCUUACCUCUAUUAGUGCUGCAAGAGGCGAGUGCUGACGUAGACGAUGGCCAGGAUAAUAGCAGUGCUGAUGAUGAAGAGCAUUUAGACAGCAAUCUGAAUCCCGAUGAGCUAACAGAAAGGUAUGACGGUCUGUGCAUUGAGAACACCGAGACGGAUGAAUAUGACUCCGACAGUGACAAUCUGUCCGACGACUUUGAUUCUGAUGGCGUUAGCGUUGAUGAAGAGAGUGAUGCUGAAUCAGCAUAUCUAUCUUCAGAGGAUGAAAGCAAUGAAGAAACACUCGUCACAUCACUUCCUGACCAUGUGCAGGUACCAUGUGUGAGCCCAACAGACGUGUCGCCAACUAAACUCAACCGAAUGGACAGCACGAGUUCGAACUCAACUUCCCUGUGGCCAACAGUAGACCGGGCAAGACCAGACAGAUCAAUGCCGCCUCCUACCGACACUCAGAACCCAGCCAAACACAGCGCAAAGAAGCAACGAAGACGGCAAGCAACUAGGCCAGCAUCCACAACACCGGAUGAAAGCCCAACUCACUCCGAGGCUUCGAGCAGCAGGGGUAGUGCCAGACCAAGGCGCACACGUGAACGGCGUCGUGGUGGUGGCACUGCCACAAGAACAGAGUUGCCUCACAAACUCGUGUGGUUUGAUUCCAAUCACCAGCGCAUGGAUGGCAACGCAUUUUCUCAAGGCGGUCCUGAACAGGCCCACCGCCAUCAUGAGCUGGGCAAGGCAGCACAGGGCACUCUUCAUGGCAAUCACUCUGCACAAAGACAUUACGGAUAUCGUGAAUCAUGCAGGACUCAAGUAGCCACGCCAGCCGCCGCGGGACGAGUCCCUCGACAGGCACCUGGCCAGAAUCGAGGCGCUAGGAGGGGCAUCCGCACGGGGAGAGAUUGCCGUGGUCGCACCAGUGCCAGGGAUGAUGUGCCAGAGACCAACAGCAUGGCCAGUUCCGAGCAGGUGUGUCUGGAGUCCGGAACAACUAACAUCAGGAGAGGCAACCGUGCAAGACGUGGACGUGGACGUGGAUUCUGGACCCCGGACGAGAACACACAGAGGUGAUCUAGCCCAGGUAUCAGGGGAAGAACGGCUCAUGGAGCAUCGUGAGCCGGGUUCUCAGGGCCACAAGAAGAGAAACAGGAAACGGCCACCAAGUGAGUCACAGGCGUAGCUCAAAGAUCGGCUGCCUUGAGAAAUCCCUGUACGAGGUGUUUGACUGUGUAUAGUGUUGCCACCCAGAGGUGUGCGAUUGGCAUGAAGUGUGAGCAGUCAGUGAACAGCUCCGCAACAUGAAGUCAAGGCUGCCCCUAAUCUGUGCGAUGGACCACACCGGCACAUAACAAAGUGUACAGGCAUGGUGAAUUGAGCCGAAUACCCCCGCCAGCAUUGUUGGUGUCAGCUCCACUUUGCCAGCAUCUCUUUCUCUCUCUCUCUCUCUCUCUCUCUCUCUCUCUCUCUCUCUCUCUCUCUCUCUCUCUCUCUCCCCCCCCCUCUCUCUCUGUCUG